AAAUUUUCUAGGGAUAACAGCUUUUUUGUAUUUUGUGAGUACCCUUUUGAUAUAUUUUUGCCUGCAUUCUCUGUUCUUCUUCUGAUGUAUCCAUCUAUUGACGAUGAUGAUGAUCUUCUCGCUGCUCUUUGCUUUGAUCAAAGCAAUGGAGUAGAAGAUCCUUAUGCAUAUAUUCGGACAAAUGAGGAUAACAUCUUUCAGGAUUUUGGGUCCUGUGGUUUGAAUCUGCAGUCACAACAACAACAAAGUUGUAACAUUGGAGCACAAUUUGAUUCUUUUAGUGGAAAUCUUGAGCAAGUUUGUAGCUUUAGAGGGGAAAACAAUGGAGUUGUUUAUAGUAGUAGUAUUGGAUCAGCACAAUUGGAUUUGGCUGCAUCGUUUAGUGGAGUUUUGCAGCAAGAGACUCAUCAAGUCUGUGGCUUUAGAGGACAAAACGACGAUUCUGCAGCGAAUCAUUUGCAGCAAGAACCGGGACAAGUGUGUAGCGGUGUAGUGGAAAUCAAUUCUUCGUCGUCGGUUGGAGGUGUUAAGGAAGAGUUAGAACACGUUGAAGAAGAAUGUUCGCGAAAGAGGAGACGAAAUGGAUCAUGUAACAAGCCAGGAACCAAAGCCUGUCGCGAGAAACUGAGAAGGGAAAAGCUAAAUGACAAGUUCAUGGACUUGAGCUCUGUUUUGGAGCCUGGCAGGACUCCAAAGACGGAUAAAUCAGCUAUACUCGAUGAUGCAAUUCGGGUUGUGAAUCAGCUCAGAGGUGAAGCUCAUGAGCUUAAAGAAACCAACCAGAAGCUUCUGGAAGAGAUCAAGAGUCUAAAGGCGGAGAAAAACGAAUUACGGGAGGAAAAGCUGGUGUUGAAGGCGGAUAAGGAGAAGAUGGUGAAACAGUUGAAAUCUAUAGCGUUUCCAUCACCGGGUUUCAUGCCCUCACAGCAUCCAGCAGCUUUCCAUCCCAAUAAUAUGCCGGUUUAUUCGGGUUACGGUUACUAUCCUCCAAACAUGCCAAUGUGGUCACCCUUACCUCCUGCUGACCGUGAUACAAGUUUCUUAAACCCAUCAAAAUCUCUGUGCCAUCAUCAGCUUCCAAGAGUUUCAUUCUCUGUUUCUUCUCCUCAUUCUCUCAAGCUAAUGACUUCAACAAAGGUGAUAGCAAUGGCUGGUGCAAGUUCCAGAGACUUGGAGAUGUCGAAUUUAACAGCAUUAUCGCCUUUGGAUGGACGUUAUUGGGGGAAAGUUAAGGAAUUGGCUUCUUCUAUGAGUGAGUUUGGGUUGAUCUAUUUCCGUGUACUUGUCGAGAUCAAAUGGCUUCUUAAGCUUUCAAAUAUUCCUCAAGUCACUGAAGUUCCAAGCUUUAGCAAAGAAGCUCAGAUUUACUUGCAAGGCAUAAUCGAUGGAUUUAGCAUGGAUGAUGCAUUGGAAGUUAAGAAGAUCGAGAGAGUAACAAAUCACGAUGUGAAAGCAGUGGAGUAUUUCUUGAAACAAAAAUGUGAAUCACAUCCAGAGAUUGCUAAGGUUCUUGAGUUUUUCCAUUUCGCUUGCACGUCUGAGGACAUCAACAAUCUUUCCCAUGCUUUGAUGCUUCAAGAAGCACUUAGUUCGGUUAUACUUCCAGCCAUGGAUGAGCUGAUCAAGUCUAUCUCUCUGAUGGCUAAGAGCUUUGCAUAUGUCCCCAUGCUUUCACGAACUCAUGGACAGCCAGCUUCACCUACAACUUUGGGGAAGGAAAUGGCGAUUUUUGCUGUGAGGUUAAGCGAAGAAAGGAGAUAUCUUUCAGAAACCAAGAUUAAGGGGAAAUUUGCGGGUGCUGUUGGGAACUACAACGCCCAUAUUUCUGCAUAUUCUAAUAUCGACUGGCCUCAUGUAGCAGAGGAGUUUGUUACAUCUCUUGGAUUAACAUUUAACCCAUACGUGACUCAGAUUGAACCCCAUGACUAUAUGGCUAGACUUUUUAAUACAAUUAGCCAAUUCAACAAUAUCUUGAUUGAUUUUGACAGAGAUAUAUGGAGCUACAUAUCUUUAGGGUACUUUAAGCAGAUAACUAAAGCGGGUGAAAUCGGAUCAUCGACAAUGCCUCACAAAGUGAAUCCUAUUGACUUUGAGAACAGUGAAGGGAAUCUAGGUAAAGCAAAUGCAGAGCUUGCUUUUCUCAGCAUGAAGCUUCCCAUUUCACGAAUGCAGCGUGAUUUAACCGAUUCAACUGUCUUGAGAAACAUGGGUGGAGCUUUAGGACACUCUCUUCUGGCUUACAAGAGCGCGAUACAGGGAAUUGGGAAGCUUCAGGUUAAUGAAGCUCGGUUAAAAGAAGAUUUGGAUCAUACUUGGGAAGUCCUCGCUGAACCGAUCCAAACUGUGAUGAGGAGAUAUGGUGUUCCAGAGCCGUAUGAGAAGCUGAAGGAGCUAACAAGAGGAAGAGCUGUGAAUGAAGAAAGCAUUAGAAAGUUUAUUACAGGUUUGGAAUUGCCUGAAGAAGCAAAAGACCAACUUUUGAAGCUAACUCCACACACAUAUGUUGGCGCUGCUGCUGCAUUGGCACUAGCCGUGGAUGAAGCUGUGCACUUGGGACAUUAAUAAUAUGAUCAAAUCGGUGUAGAUGAUGGUGCUUGUUGUAUUACUACAGUUAUUAUUACAGUGAUUUGACUCCUUUGCUUUCUCUGGUCUUUGGAUCUUGUGUUACUACAGUUAGUCAGUUCACAUUAUACCGAUUCUUGAAAGGUAACAAACCUGAUUUUCAUGU